UACGCCUUGUAGUUUUGCUUUGUAAAAAAUAACGCUGCCUAUAAGAACUUCGAAACAACUGACUACUAGACUGCUGUCUAAGAAAACUUUAAAAUGCAGACAUAUAUGUUAGAGAUUUCUAUGUGUCCAUCACUGAAUGAUGGCGGCAAGACAAACACAUUGUUUGACAAAAUAAAGAAGGACAUUGCAUUGUGGAGAGCCGAUGUCGCAAAAGAGGAGAACGGUGUAAAUAUUACAUCGAUAUUCAAGGUUACUGGAGAAAAAAAGGCAAUGACAGUCGUCAAAAGCUCAAAUCCUGCGUAUGUCGAUGCAAUAGUUGGAUUACUUCCUGCAGAGUAUGACGUAAAAGUGUCAGCGCUGAAGCCAUACGAGGAUUUUGCAAAAGCUGUUCUGAAAAUCACUGACGAUAAACUGACAUCGCCUUCGCCUCGUAAUUUGCCAGCGGAUGGUAGUACCAUUAUGUGGGUAACCGGUUAUGUUGAUUAUAAAGGUAAAACCUAUGAUGAGUUGAUUGAGAUUUGGGCAGAGGAAGCUGUAGCUGUUCUCUCGACCAGGCAAAAAGGAGCAACAUUUGAAGUCUACAAAGCAGUUGCAGAACGAGUGGUUCACUUCAUUACUUCGAUGGAACAAGACGCACUCGACAAUCUAAUUUUUGGGCUUCCAAUUGUACAGAAAAAUGGAGAUCAAACAAAAUUCAUUGCGAAAUCUGUAAUGUUACUUUAGUAAACAAUGAUCAUCGGUGAAUUCACAGACACUCAAGAAUUUGGAGCCACUUGAAGAAUUCACCGACACUCAAGAAUUUUGAGUCACUUGAAGAAUUCUCUGACACUCAAGAAUUUUGAGUCAC